AUGUCAGUUCCUUAUCUUCCUCUUGUCGCGUGCAAUGACCAUCUCACUGACCAGCUGUUCAGGGCUAAACUCGUGGAUGAUCCCCAAAUUAAAUAUGCGUCGCUGCAUAACCCUCUUUCUACUCAGCUUCAUACCUACGUGUGGCCGUUCCUGGUCAUCUGGCCAGCUUUCUUCGCCGUCUAUCUUUCCCCUGAGCGCUACGAUACCUACAUUGGAGGACAGGAAUGGACGUUUGUCUGGUCUGGAUCGAUUAUUACGGCUCAAUCUCUUCUCUGGUUGAUGACAAAAUGGAAUAUCAACAUUCAGACUUUGUUCACGACGACCAAGGCCCGGUCCCUUGACUCUGCGCAGCUUAUCAAGGUCAUCCCCAUUGCCAACGCUGGCUCUGCGGAGAUUUGCCCCCUGGUCCAUGAUACACUGGACGGAAAGAAGACAUUCUCGUUCUUGUUCCAGAAGCGCCGCUUUCUCUAUUAUCCUGACCGCAAAUCCUUUGCCCCCUUAUCGUACGUGCUCGACGCGGAACCGAAGCCCACGAUCAAGUUCUUCCAGCAGUCCCAGGGUUUGACUACCAAGGCAGAGGUCGACAGCAUCCAACAUCAUUACGGCGACAACACUUUCGAUAUUCCGGUUCCGGGAUUCGUGGAGCUCUUCAAGGAGCAUGCCGUGGCGCCUUUCUUUGUGUUCCAGAUUUUCUGCGUUGGCUUGUGGAUGCUGGACGAAUAUUGGUACUAUUCGCUCUUCACGCUUUUCAUGCUGGUUGCUUUUGAAAGCACCGUUGUGUGGCAGCGCCAGAGGACCCUCAAUGAGUUCCGCGGCAUGAACAUCAAACCGUACGAUGUCUGGGUGUACCGCGAGAAGAAGUGGCGGGAAAUCACGAGUGACAAGCUUCUGCCCGGCGACCUGAUGUCUGUGAAUCGCACCAAGGAAGAUAGUGGAGUUGCCUGCGAUAUUCUUUUGAUCGAAGGCAGCGCUAUUGUCAACGAGGCCAUGUUGUCCGGUGAGAGCACUCCGCUCUUGAAGGAAUCGAUUCAGCUCAGACCCGGAGACGACCGCAUCGACCCGGACGGUCUGGACAAGAACGCCUUCGUUCACGGCGGCACUAAGGUCCUACAGAUCACCCACCCCAGUUCAAGCGCCGGAGAUUCGGAAAAUUCGCAAAAGCCCCUGUCCAAAGUUCCCUCUCCACCUGACAAUGGUGCCCUCGGUGUGGUCGUGAAGACUGGUUUUGAGACUAGCCAGGGUAGCCUUGUGCGCACGAUGAUUUAUUCGACUGAACGUGUCUCCGCCAACAACGUCGAGGCCCUUCUGUUUAUUCUCUUUCUUCUCAUGUUUGCCAUUGCUGCCGCGUGGUAUGUGUGGCAAGAGGGUGUGUCCAAGGAUCGGAAGAGGUCGAAGCUCCUUCUGGACUGUGUCCUUAUCAUUACCAGCGUUGUUCCCCCAGAGCUUCCCAUGGAGCUCAGUCUCGCUGUCAACACGAGUUUGGCUGCGCUGAGCAAAUUCGCAAUCUUCUGCACUGAGCCUUUCCGUAUUCCUUUCGCAGGACGUGUCGAUGUUGCCUGCUUUGACAAAACUGGUACUUUGACUGGCGAGGAUUUGGUCGUCGAUGGUAUCGCCGGUCUGACAUUGGGUCAUGCGGAUGCUAAGGUCGAGAAAGGCGGCGCCCAUACGGAACUUGCCAAGUCCUCUAACAUCGCUCUCGAUACGACCCUGGUGCUUGCGAGCGCUCACGCUUUAGUCAAACUGGAUGAAGGCGAUGUUGUCGGAGACCCCAUGGAGAAAGCGACACUGCAAUGGCUUGGUUGGACUUUGGGCAGGAAUGAUACCCUUACGAGCAAGACUGCACUGGCCGCAGGCACCCGCGCUCUUGAAUCGGUGCAGAUCAAGAGACGAUUCCAGUUCUCUUCUGCGUUGAAGCGUCAAAGCACUAUCGCAACAAUUGUUACCAAUGACCGCAAGACUUCCAAGAAGACCAAGGCAGCCUUUGUGGGUGUCAAGGGUGCUCCUGAGACUAUCAGGACUAUGUUGGACAAGAUUCCUCCUCAUUAUGAAGAGACGUUCAAGUAUUUCACUCGAAAUGGUGCCCGUGUCCUUGCACUUGCUUACAAGUAUCUCUCCACCGAGUCCGAAUUGUCCCAAGGCCGAAUUAACAACUACGUCCGUGAGGAAGUAGAGUCUGGUUUGACUUUUGCUGGCUUCCUUGUCCUACAAUGUCCCUUAAAGGAUGAUGCCGUCAAGUCCGUCCGUAUGUUGAAUGAAAGCAGUCAUCGUGUGGUUAUGAUUACUGGUGAUAACCCGUUGACUGCCGUCCACGUUGCACGCCAAGUUGAGAUCGUUGAUCGCGAUGUUCUAAUUCUUGAUGCUCCCGAAAAUGAUAUGUCUGGCACGAGACUUGUUUGGCGAUCUAUCGAUGACAAGUUUAACCGCGACGUUGAUCCGACUCAAGAUUUGGACCCCCAGAUUCUGAACACUAAGGAUAUCUGUAUUACUGGUUAUGCCUUGGCUAAAUUCAAGGGUCAAAAGGCCUUCGCAACCCUCUUGCGCCACACCUGGGUCUAUGCUCGCGUGUCCCCUAAGCAGAAGGAAGACAUUCUUCUCGGACUCAAGGAUGCUGGCUAUACGACACUGAUGUGUGGUGACGGCACAAAUGAUGUUGGAGCUUUGAAGCAGGCUCACGUUGGUGUUGCACUUCUGAACGGAUCGCCUGAGGAUCUUGCAAAGAUUGCGGAGCACUACCGCACGACGAAGAUGAAGGAGAUCUAUGAGAAGCAAGUCGGUAUGAUGCAACGCUUCAAUCAACCUGCUCCCCCUGUGCCUGUCCAUAUCGCACAUCUUUACCCUCCAGGACCUACCAAUCCCCACUAUCAGAAGGCCAUGGAAAGGGAAGCGCAGCGCAAGGGUGCCGGCACUACGCAAGAGCAUAUUCCGACCAUUACAUCUCCAGGCGCGCAGGCUUUGCAGCAAUCCAAUGCCAUGACCCCUCAGCAACAGCGCCAACAGCAGGCUUCCAUCGCGGCCGCCGGAUUUGCUGACAAGCUCACAUCUUCCAUGUUGGAGCAGGAGUUGGACGAUAGCGAACCUCCAACCAUCAAGCUGGGAGAUGCAUCGGUCGCCGCGCCCUUCACCAGCAAAUUAGCCAAUGUCAUUGCCAUUCCCAACAUCAUUCGCCAGGGUCGGUGUACCCUUGUGGCGACUAUCCAGAUGUACAAGAUUCUUGCUCUGAACUGCUUGAUCAGUGCCUACAGUUUGAGUGUCAUCUAUCUGGACGGUAUUAAGUUUGGCGAUGGCCAGGUUACCAUCAGCGGCAUGUUGAUGAGUGUUUGCUUCUUGUCGAUUUCUCGUGCUAAGUCCGUGGAGGGUUUGUCUAAAGAACGACCUCAGCCAAAUAUCUUCAACCCGUACAUCAUUGGCUCCGUUCUCGGCCAGUUCGCCAUCCAUAUUGCUACUCUUAUCUAUCUGUCGAACUAUGUCUAUUCCGUUGAACCGAGAAAACCCGACGUUGAUCUGGAGGGUGAAUUCGAGCCUUCGCUUUUGAACAGCGCCAUUUACCUUCUGCAGCUCAUUCAGCAGAUCUCUACAUUCUCUAUCAACUACCAAGGCCGUCCCUUCAGAGAAUCUAUUCGCGAGAACAAGGCGAUGUACUGGGGCUUGGUUGCCGCAUCUGGCGUCGCUUUCUCGUGUGCCACCGAGUUCAUCCCGGAGCUGAAUGAGAAGAUGCGCCUUGUCCCCUUCACCAAUGAGUUCAAGCUCACGCUGACCGUGCUGAUGAUCAUUGACUACGCUGGCUGCUGGAUUAUUGAGAACGUGCUGAAGCACCUUUUCAGCGAUUUCCGGCCGAAGGACAUCGCUGUCCGUCGACCCGAUCAGCUGCAGCGCGAGAUGGAGCGCAAGAGAAAGGAAGAGCUGGAUAGCCAGGCGGAGAAAGAGCAGCAGAGGAAGGUUUGA